GUGAUGUGAUUGUAAUGUAUUUGUAGUGGAUAGUAGUAAUCUGUUCAAGUUCAGCCGGGUUAGACAGACGACAUGCAAAUUGUUACCAACUUCAUACCACACAGUGAAGUUUUAAGAGUCAAGAGUAAAAUCACAGAAAAAGAUAGAAGUUGGUGUGAAAAAAUGAAAAAUUGUAGAAAAUAUCAAUUAAAAUAGCGUUUCAAUGAGCACAAAUUGUGACAAAUUCAAUGGCAAUACCAUCCCAACCAUCUUCACCGACAAAAUGAACGAAGACGCGCAGUCGGACCCCGUGGAAAUGGAACUUGAACUUCGGAAUUUGCAGAGUGUAAUAAAUGUGACGCGAGAGAAUAUCGAUGCGCUAAAUGCAAAAUUUGCCAAUCUACAAGAACCACCACCGAUGUACAUUAAGGAGUAUCAGGAAUUGGCGUCGAAGCUCCAUGAGUUGCGGGACAAGGAACUGGAGAUUAUGGAGAAGUUGCAGCAACAGUGCGAAUACGCCACCAAUACGGUUACAGUUGAGCCCCCUGAACCACCUGAUCCUGACACAGAGACUGAAAGUAAUUGUAGUACAUUGACGAAGCAGCCAAAGUUUGUGCUCAGAGCCCAUUUGCCCAAUCAACAGAGGACAUCUGUGCAGGUGACUCCGGGAAUCCGUCUCAGGGAUGCCCUCUCGAAGGCGCUCAAACGUCGCAAUCUCACAUGUGAGAUGUGUGAAGUGACAACGCAGUUAGGCAGCUCCCAGCCAAUUCCCUGGGACACUGACAUCAGUUGUAUUCAGGCUGAGGAGGUUUAUGUGAAAGUGCUGGACAAAUUUCCCGUAAUGUCUCAAAUUUCUCAUCAAUUUAUGCGCAAAACCUUCUUCUCCUUGGCAUUCUGCGAAUGCUGCCGACGCCUCCUCUUUACCGGUUUCUACUGCAAUCAGUGCAACUUUCGGUUUCAUCAACGGUGCGCCGACAAAGUGCCACGACUCUGCAACAAGAUCGACAUGGAGAGCUACUAUCAGUUUCUGCUUGAGCAAAAUCCCGACAAUUGCGCAGGCUUGCUCAAGACAGGUGGUCUGGUGUCCUAUCAAUCACGCCAUGUCCAUCCGCGUUCACUAAAUCAGCAGGAUCGUUCGAAUUCAGCUCCAAAUGUUUGCAUCAAUAGCGUUAAGACGCUGUCUGAGCACCAGAAAAUGCUAGCACAGCAGGCCCGUGGGGCUCUGCAGAGUCAAUCGGGUCAGGAGCAUUCGCAAUCAACGCAGGCAUCGCCCACAAAUACGCUGAAGCACAUGAAGAGGCCAAGGGCCAGGUCAGCAGAUGAAAGCAAUAAAAAUCUCCUCUCGCCGAGAGAUCCAAAGCCAACGGAAGAGAAUUGGAACAUCCAAGCUGUUGAGAUCCUGAUAGGUCGUCGAAUUGGGUCUGGGUCAUUUGGGACUGUGUACAAGGCCCACUGGCACGGACCGGUGGCUGUGAAGACGUUGAAUGUGAAGACACCAAGUCCAGCACAAUUGCAGGCAUUUAAGAAUGAAGUGGCUAUGCUGAAGAAGACGCGUCACUGCAAUAUUCUGCUGUUUAUGGGAUGCGUAAGUGAACCAUCGCUGGCCAUUGUGACACAGUGGUGCGAGGGUAGUAGCCUGUAUAAGCACAUUCAUGUCAAUGAGACAAAAUUCAAGUUGAACACAUUGAUAGAUAUUGGACGACAAGUGGCUCAGGGAAUGGAUUAUUUGCAUGCAAAGAAUAUUAUCCAUCGUGAUCUCAAGUCCAAUAAUAUUUUUCUGCAUGAGGAUUUAUCGGUGAAAAUUGGGGAUUUUGGUCUGGCAACGGCCAAGAUGCGAUGGUCAGGUGAGAAACAGGCAAAUCAGCCGACUGGGAGUAUUUUGUGGAUGGCUCCGGAGGUGAUACGCAUGGAGGAUUCCAAUCCGUAUUCCUUCCAGAGUGAUGUCUAUGCUUUUGGGAUUGUGAUGUAUGAGCUGUUGGCUGAACAGUUGCCGUAUAGUCACAUCAAUAACAAGGAUCAGAUAUUGUUUAUGGUGGGACGGGGAUUGUUGAGGCCGGAUAUGAGUAAGGCACGGUCAGAUUGUCCGCAGGCGCUGAAGCGUUUGGCGGAGGAUUGUAUAAAGUUUGUCAGGGAUGAGAGGCCCCUGUUCAGGCUGAUUCUCAAUAUGUUGGAGAAUAUGCUGAGGACAUUGCCAAAGAUUCAUCGGAGUGCUAGUGAGCCAAAUAUGACGCAGACACAGCUACAGAGUGAUGAUUUUCUCUAUAUGUGCUCCAGCCCAAAGACACCGGUGAACUUUAGUAAUUUUCAGUUUUACAAUGGUGCCGCUAACAUAUAGCAAUUUUUCAUUAUGAUCAUGUCUCUCUUUUCUAACGCACUUUCACUUACUAAUUUGUAAUAGAUUUUUUUUGUUACUUUGCUGGACGAUAUUCGUUCGAUUUUAUUUUAUUGUUUUUUUUUUUUACUUAGAAUAAUUACCUUUCCGCAGUAAUUACUGAUUAGGCCUAAAUUGUUCUAUUUAAAUUAUUGUCUAUUUUUUUUUAAAUAUAUUUUUUAAAACUUUUCCCUCCA